CAGUUGGCCAGGAUGGAGGGGCUGCUGAGGCGGCCCUUGGGACCCGAGUUUGUGAGUACGAGGGUGGGCAACGGAGUGCCUCAGGUGUCGUAUCUGUCGAGCGGGGACGCGGUACUGCUGAUGAACUUCAUUUUUGGAGCUUUUGGCUGGAAGUCAGAGCUGAUGAGCGAGAAGCUGGAGGUGAAGCCCGCGCAGGGCGGAGGUAAGAUCGACUGCGAUGUGCAGGUGGUCGUGCGUGUGACGGCGUUUAGGCCUGGUCCGAAGGAGGACCCGUUCCAUGAUGGAUCUGGCUCUGGCAGGGGACGAGGUGUGAACCUGUCCGAUGCGCUGGAGAGCGCUAGGAAGGAGGCGUCGACAGAUGCGAAGAAGCGUGCUAUCAUGAACUUUGGAUGGGCGACCGGAGGUUGCAUGUAUGACAAGGCCUUCACGCAG